CGAGGGGAGGGCAGCGGCUCAACUUCUAGACGCCCUCCCUCUGCCUUCCUUAGGUGGGUUCUGAAGCUUUCCCAGGGUGAGCCCACCACGCACAGUGUCCUCUACCUGGAAGGAGAUACGGGGGUCCUUCCUGAGGGCUAUGAGGGGUGCCUUGUGGGUUGAUAAAGCUCCCGGAGGAGGAGGGUGGACCGGCGGAGAACAGGGGCAGGGGCAGUGCGAAGGGAUUUCUCAUCCCUCGCAGACCCUCCCCGAGAAUGGUCUUCACAAAGGUCCCUCAUCCGUCACCCGGCGAUUGACUGGCCUGGGGUCCUGCUUAUUACCAGCACAAAUGGCUGCUCUAGGGUCAAAGUGGGUCCUGUAAUGGGACCCUCACCCCUGGUUGGGGUACAGGGGAGGAGUUGGAAGUGCGCACACCCACAGGUGGGCACCCUGCUUAGCUGAAGGACUGAUGGGAAGGAGUUGGGGGAGUAAGCUGCGGCUGAAAGGGAGGAUCUGACCCACGUGGGCAUCGGCUAAGUCCUGCUGGCUGCCUCCAGGCGCCCCCUUUGCCAUCCUCCAUGCCCCUCCCCCAAGCCCUGACCUUCAUCCUGGUCAAGGGCUCUCAGGGGCUCUGGUUUUGGGAUCAGCUCCAGAGCUAGAGGUUAUCAAGGAGGAAGUGGGCAACAGGUCAGUCAGCAAGGAUUUGCUAUCUUCUUCACUGGGUGCUGUGGGGAGGGGAGGGACAAGGGCAGCUGGGGUGCAGGCACUGUCCCUGCCCUUGGGGGGCACACAGUUCACCUGAGAGAUAAGAUAGCCGCAGCCCUGAAGAGUGAGAGCAAAGGUCGGGCGCAGAGUUCAGGAUGACACCAUGGGGAGGGUGGCUCUGUGAGGGGCGCUGGCUUCCUACAGGCCCCAGAUGGUCCUGAGGGGGCGGCUGCAAAGGCCAGGAGACCCACAGGCCCCUCUGCCCACUCCUGGGGAACUGGAUUUGGGGUCACUUUGUAUGAGGUGGGGGCGGGUACCAGCUUUGGGCCAAGCUGUCACCCUGGAUGGGCAGUCACUUGCCUGCUCUACACAGGCCAGAUGGCCAGAAGCCACUCCUGUCCUGUUGAUGGCCCACCCUCAAGGUCUGGACCCUCGGGAAGAGGAGCAGUUGGUGGCAGGGAUGGGCCACCGGAGACUCUCCUGAUCUCCAGGACACGCAGCUGUGUGUGCCUGUCCCCAGGCCACAUGCCACAGGGCUGGGGGCCUCCUGGGGCAGGGCUGGGCAUUGGUCUGGCUACUCGUGGUAUAGCCUCUGCCUCCCUGCCUCCCAGUCAUCCUCCUCCCACCUCUGCCUCCCUGCCUGUUCCUCUUCCUCCUCAGGCCCUUCCGGACAUUUCCUGCUCACCUAGGUCUGGGCAGGCGGGGUCAGGCGCCGGGUGUGAGCUCACUUCUUCCGGCAGCAAGGUGCAGCUAUGUGCCGGAAGGAGGGCCGCUGCUGUUGCCUCGCCUCUGAGCGCGUCCCUUCCAGGUCCUCCACACUCCCCUGUGCCCGGACGCCUGGUGCGUCCUUCAGCCAUUGGUUCAUGGGUCCUCCAGGCACAGCUUUCUAGUCCAGAGCCUCUAGGCUGGGUGCAGGAAGUGCUGAGGAAGUGGCAGCCAGGAGGCGAGCUGGCACCCUGUUCCUCCUUGUUCUGUCCGGCCCUGGAGCUGGACCGUAUAGCCCUGCACGUGGGAUCCCCACUUGGGUCUGUGCCUCUGGGCAAGUUGGGAAGCUCGGUGAGCCUCAGUUUCCCCAUGUGCCCGCCUCCGAGUACUGAUGUGCAGGUUGAAUGAGGUGCCAACUGUAAUGAGUUAGAAUGGCCCUGCUGGCUGGGGGGGACUGGGGAGCAGGUGGGGGCCGCUGGGGGGCACAGAGGCGCACCCAGCGCCUCAGUCAGGGAGAGGGUGACAGAGAAGCUCUGGGUGAGGCCCCACCUCCACACUGGCCAUGCCUGCUGCCCUUUGAUCCACUGCAGUGAACUGUGCCAUGGGGCUGGACCUCUGUGGGGAUUGGUGGGCAGUGGGCUUCCUUCCUGCUUGGGGCCUCUGACCUCUGGGGGCAGGGCGCUGCCCGGGUGGGACGGUCGGAAGGCUGGUAGAGGGACCUGAGGGGUCUGUGUGGUGGCUGGGGGCAGGCCUCAGGAAUUUGACAGCAGGGAUCUGGAAAAGCUUUAAUAACAUUAUUUGUUGUCAGGAUUGGGAAAUGCUCCCCUCCCCCCUCCCCCACUUUCAUCUUAGAGACUGCUGCACAUCCGGUCAGUGUGGUCUUCUUGGUGGCCCCCAAGGUGGCAGGGGUCACACUGUUAUGAAAACGUCCCCUGGGUAUGUGGUGCAGACAUGGACAUGCAGAUGGUGAUUGGCAGGUUGUAGCAUGAGGUGGCUUUGGGACGGUUCCAGUGACAGUGAGUGGGCUGGAUAUGGGGGGUUCUGGGCAGGUCCAUCAAGCGGAUACCCCCACAGACUGUCCUCUUGGGAUAGUUGGGCCUGGGAGCCCUGCUCGCCUUGCCAAAAGGCAGGCGCAGAGUCACGAAGAAGAGGGCCUGGGGGCUCAGAGCCCCACUGUGUGUGCAGCCCAGGAUGGACCUGGAGGAGGUGUCACCGCCUGCAGGAUUCCCUGUUCAGUUCUGACAGUGGCUUCAGCAACUACCGCGGCAUCCUGAAUUGGUGUGUGGUGAUGCUGAUCUUAAGCAACGCACGGUUAUUUCUAGAGAACCUCAUCAAGUAUGGCAUCCUGGUGGACCCCAUCCAAGUGGUGUCUCUGUUCCUGAAGGACCCCUACAGCUGGCCAGCUCUGUGCCUGGUCAUUGUGGCCAAUAUCUUUGCCGUGGCUGCGUUCCAGGUGGAGAAGCGCCUGGCCGUGGGAGCCCUGACGGAGCAGGCGGGGCUGCUGCUGCACGGGGUCAACCUGGCCACCAUUCUCUGCUUCCCAGCGGCCGUGGCCUUUCUCCUCGAGUCCAUCACUCCAGUGGGCUCCGUGCUGGCCCUGAUGGUCUACACCAUCCUCUUCCUCAAGCUGUUCUCCUACCGGGACGUCAACCUCUGGUGCCGAGAGCGCAGGGCUGGGGCCAAGGCCAAGGCUGCUUUGGCAGGUAAGAAGGCCAACGGGGGAGCUGCCCAGCGCACCGUGAGCUACCCCGACAACCUGACCUACCGCGAUCUCUACUACUUCCUCUUCGCCCCGACCCUGUGCUACGAGCUCAACUUCCCCCGCUCCCCCCGCAUCCGAAAGCGCUUCCUGCUGCGGCGACUCCUGGAGAUGCUGUUCCUCACCCAGCUCCAGGUGGGGCUGAUCCAGCAGUGGAUGGUCCCGGCCAUCCAGAACUCCAUGAAGCCCUUCAAGGACAUGGACUACUCCCGCAUCGUGGAGCGCCUCCUGAAGCUGGCGGUCCCCAACCACCUCAUCUGGCUCAUCUUCUUCUACUGGCUCUUCCACUCCUGCCUGAACGCCGUGGCCGAGCUCAUGCAGUUUGGAGACCGCGAGUUCUACCGGGACUGGUGGAACUCCGAGUCUAUCACCUACUUCUGGCAGAACUGGAACAUCCCUGUUCACAAGUGGUGCAUCAGACACUUCUACAAGCCCAUGCUCCGGCGGGGCAGCAGCAAGUGGGCAGCCAGGACGGCAGUAUUUCUGGCCUCCGCCUUCUUCCACGAGUACCUGGUGAGCAUCCCCCUGCGCAUGUUCCGCCUUUGGGCCUUCACGGGCAUGAUGGCGCAGAUCCCGCUGGCCUGGAUAGUGGGCCGCUUCUUCCGCGGCAACUACGGCAACGCAGCCGUGUGGCUGUCACUCAUCAUUGGGCAGCCGGUGGCCGUCCUGAUGUACGUCCACGACUACUACGUGCUCAACCGUGAGGCGCCGGCAGCCGGCACCUGAGCCCCUCCAGGCUGGCCCCCUCGUGGGUGUUGGACUGCUUUGCCUCACUGCCUGCGGCUGGACUAGAGCCCGCCCCAACCUGGGCGCAGCAGGAGGGGGCCUGGCUGGUGGAAGCUGCCUCCUGGCCCCCACCAGGCCUCUCUGCCUGAGGGGCUUCCUCCUGCCAGGGGAGAGCAGGCCCGGCGCAGCUCUGGCCCCUGGGAGGUGCCCAUGCUCUGGAAACCCUGCAGAUCUCGCCCAAGGGUCAGAAUGUGUCAAUAAAGUGCUGUGCACAGUGA